UACUUGCAAGUUAGAUUACAUUUUACUAAAAAUGGUUUUAAAGAUUGUUGCACUGAUCUCUUUAGUAUUAGUCGUAAAUGCUGGUUUAAUAGCGCAACCUCUACAAAAAGUUGUAGUGCCCGAAGAGUAUAAUCCUAAUCCGCAGUAUUCAUUUCUAUACGAAGUACAAGAUCCACUAACAGGUGACAGUCAUGGACAGUACGAAACUAGGGAAGGCGAUGUUGUCAAGGGAGCUUACGCCCUAAUGGAUUCUGAUGGUACACGAAGAUUAGUGGAAUAUACUGCUGACCCCGUAAAUGGAUUUAAUGCUGUAGUGUCGAAGCAACCAACAGGUAGAAAGGCCGUCAUCGCUCCUGCUGCCAAAGUCGUAGCACCUUUAUACUGAACGAAACUGUGAUAUAUUUAUUAUUUAUUUAU